AUCUCGUCUUCUUCCAUCCCCGCGAGUAGAUAACGCGGGCCGGGCCGUCUUCUCCCGCUCGAUCAUCUAUCCCUCCCCUCCUGCAUGCUAAAUCCUCCUCGAUCGCUCGAUCUCCUGCUGCUGUAUUGUCAUCUUCAUUCACAGUUCCCCUCACCUCAUCGACGCUACGCGAGCUAGUAAGCUAGCAGGCAGCUAGUAGCACCGGCGCCUUGCUUGUUGGUCUGCGACAAUGUCGGGGAUCUCGCUGGCGGUGGCGCCGCGAUCGGACCCGGACCACGCGUCGGAGCGGCAGCCGACGGCGAUGCUGGGCGGCGUGAUGGGCUCCCUCCGCGUGAUCGAGCUGCAGCUGGUGGCCUUCAUCAUGGUGUUCUCGGCGUCGGGUCUCGUCCCGCUCAUCGACCUCGCCUUCCCCGUCGCCACCACGCUCUACCUCCUCGCCAUCUCCCGCCUCGCCUUCCCGCCGCUGCACUCGACCAAGCUCGACGCCGCCGCCGCCUCGCCCGCCGCCUCCCAGGAGAUCUUCCGCGGCAGCAAGCUGUUCCAGGCGUACGUGGUGGUGGGCACGACGGUGGGCCUGUUCCUGCCGCUGGCGCACGUGCUGGGCGGGUUCGCGCGCGGCGACGACGCGGCGGUGCGGGCGGCGACGCCGCACCUGUUCCUGCUGUCGUGCCAGAUCCUGACCGAGAACGUGGUGGGGUCGCUGGGCGGCGCCUUCUCGCCGCCGGUGCGGGCGCUGGUGCCGCUGCUCUACACGGUGCGCCGCGUCUUCGUCAUCGUCGACUGGGUCUACGACGUGUGGGCGGGCCGGGCGCUCCCGCGCUCCGCCACCGCGCGGGAGGCGGCGUGGCUGUGGUUCGGGCGGUACCUGGCCGCCGCCAACCUGCUCUACUUCUCCGCCAACCUCUUCGUCUUCCUCAUCCCGCGGUUCCUGCCCCGGGCCUUCGAGAAGUACUUCCGCAUGCGCGACGAGGUGUGCGCCAAGACGGCCGAGGACAGGCGCGCGCGCGGCGCCGGCAUGGCGGCGCCGGAGCCGCACGGUGAUGCCGGCAAGCCGGCGCCGGAGCCGCACGGUGAUGCCGGCAAGCCGGCGGAGGCCAAGAAGGCGGACUGAGCGAGGGGGCGAGGAGCUCGCGAGCUUGCUCGCAUGUGUUGUUGUUCAGUUCACUGGCCCCUGUAUUGCCUUUUCUUUCUCGUUCCUUUUUGGAAGGCCGACACGUGUGUAUGUGGCUGUUGCCAUGGCUUUGGCGAUCGCGAGUCGUAGAGGAGUAGAGGACAAAUUUUAAAUUUCAAAAUGUGGCCUUGCAACGAUGGCUUUCGAAUCGGA